AUGGCGACGCUCUCUAGUACCACCAUCUCCCUGCUCUUUCUCCUCACCCUCGCCUGCCUCUCGCUUCUUCCCUUCGCAUGCGCCGGUCCGCCCAAGCGUGUCGCGCGCACGCGCCAGGCGCACGAGGAGUACCGCCGUCAGCGGCAGCUGAACGACAUCGAAGUCCGCCCUGGGCGCCCACCUCUCCACAUGUUCGAAACGAAGGCGCAUCACGAGAAAGAGGAGCGCGAAAAGGGUGCAACGCGCGGAGGCGCUGCAAGCACUCCGAUCCAAUACCUAGGCGGUCCCGUGAUGACCGGAAACCCGUCCGUCAACGUGUACAUCAUUUACUACGGCAGCUGGCCGGCAGGAUCGGGGCAGAAUGUGAUCGAGAAUUUCAUCCGGUCGUUGAGCGCGGACUCGAGCCGACAGGGGAAUCCCGCGGAUCCCAAGGUGAAGCGCUGGUGGGCGAUCAGCGCGGCGUACACGCAGCAAGGGAAGGAUGCCAUGCUAAAGAACGUCAGCUCCAAGGUGCGCCUCGUCAAGACGGUCUACGAUAACUACUCGGCGGGAAAGCGGUUUGGCGAGAACACAGUUUGGCAAGGUACUACUCGGCCGUAUGAGACCGAUGCUUUGAGAUCCCCUUGA